AUGUCAAGUACUCUUGCGGCAAUAUUUGGAGGAGCUGCAGGAGCCGUGGCAUUGGUAGGGAUUGUUAUACUUUUAUGGUUUUGUUUGUCUCGCCAGAGGAAUGUUUCUAGGACUUCCGAGACAGGGUCCUCUGAUCCUUCACAAGUGGGAAGACAUGGCACAAUUGAGUUGCCUGUACGAGAUACUAGGCGUUUUGAGAUGGAAGAACUAUCUUUGGCAACAAAAAGUUUCAGUGAGAAAAAUUUGAUUGGAGAAGGGAAAUUUGGGGAGGUUUACAAGGGUUUACUUCAAGAUGGGAUGCUUGUAGCCAUCAAAAAACGCCGCGGACUAGCUAGUCAGGAAUUCGUUGAUGAGGUACGCUAUCUCUCAUCUAUUCACCACCGGAAUCUCGUCAGUCUUUUAGGCUACUGCCAGGAGAACAAUCUCCAGUUUCUUAUAUAUGAAUAUGUGCCUAAUGGAAGCGUCUCCAGUCACUUGUAUGGCGCUGGUCAACAACCGAGAGAGAAGCUAGAAUUCAAGCAUAGACUUUCAAUAGCCCAAGGUGCAGCUAAAGGUUUGGCUCAUCUUCACUCUUUGAGUCCCCGUUUGGUGCAUAAAAAUUUCAAAACUGCUAAUGUUCUUGUGGAUGAAAACUUCAUUGCUAAGGUGGCAGAUGCUGGACUCCGCAAUUUUUUGGGGAUAGUUGACAUUGCAGGCUCCUCUUCUCAAGGGACAAAAGAUGAAAUAUUCCUUGCAUCAGAGGUGAGAGAGUUCAGAAGGUUUUCUGAAAAGAGCGAUGUAUACAGCUUUGGGGUAUUUUUGCUGGAGUUGUUAAGUGGGAAAGAAGCAACAGAAUCACCAUUUCCGGACUCUAAUCAGAAUCUGGUUGGAUGGGUGCUAAGCAAUGAAGACCGUGGCAUGAUGUCUUACACCAUUGAUAGGAGAUUGGAGAGUAGUUUUACAGCUGAAGGAAUGGAAAGUUACAUCAUGCUCAUAAUCAGAUGCUUAGACCCUUCAAGUGAGAGAAGACCUGCCAUGAGCUAUGUGGAAAUGGAACUUGAUAGGAUCCUAGAGAAGGAAAUGAACUUGACAACAAUCAUGGGAGAAGGAACCCCAACUGUGACCCUUGGAAGCCAGUUAUUCAAAUCAACCACAUGA